ACAUUGAUUUUUUAUGUGGUUUUGAAUUUAUUGUACUCGCAGGAGACACAGAGACGCUUUUUUCCCGUUUUUCCCAUUUUACCCACUUCAGAACAUUUUUCCUCUGUACUCCAGCUAAUUGUGCACAUCCUGGUAUUCCGGAAGAUGGCUGCUGAUACGACCAAGAAGUAUCAAUUGCAGGUUCAGGAGUAUAAGGAUACGCUAAUUAAGGAGGCUGAGGAUUUAAUAAUUCGCGGAUUUCCAGAGAAGAUUGUCAAACUCAAUGAAAUUCUCGCAACUCCUGAAUUUGCAAAUCGCAAUUUUGCCGACGUUUAUCAGGAGCUCAACAUUCCAGUCCCGGAUGCAAUUCCGGUGAAUAGCUAUGGCGAUGCAAAAGAGGAUCCGCCUCCUACGAAGAAAGCCCGUAUGGAGACAACGGUUUCAGGAACAAAGGUCAUGGCACUGCCUUCGGGGAGUGUUCACUGCAACGCACCUAUUUGUGAUCUAAUUAAAAUCGUCAAGCCUGUCAUCCGGGGUCUGGUUGAGGAUUCAAAUGUUCUGAAGAUGUGGAUCUCAUUCUUGAUUCCCAAGAUUGAGGAUGGAAAUAACUUUGGGGUAUCCAUUCAGGAGGACACCUUGUCUGAGAUUCAGACGGUUGAAUCCGAAUCAGCUGCAUUCUUUGAGCAAAUCUCCCGCUACUUCAUUUCGCGCGCAAAAGUUAUCUCCAAGGUGGCCAAAUAUCCCCACGUUGAGGACUACAGACGUGCUGUUCAGGAACUGGACGAGAAGGAAUAUCUUAGCUUGUGGCUGGUAAUGUGCGAAGUUAGGAAUCGCUAUUGCUCCCUUCAUGAUAUUGUGACGAAAAAUCUGGAGAAGCUCAAGAAGCCACGAUCGUCAAAUGCCGAGAGUCUCUACUAAAUUCCUCCCUUUGUGCACUUCCGGAUGGCGGAAAACAAAAAGUGCUGAAAAGUUUAUUUGUGUGCACUCAUUUCAACACCGUUAUAAACAGUCUUUGACAUCAAAUUGAAAUACAAUUUAAAAAUGAAGAAAA